AUGGAGCUACUACCGCAGGGCACGCAGAACACAAACCAGGUCACCUUCCAGGACCAGCAGCAGAUCAAUGAGUUCAGCACACUGAUGACGCACUACGACCGUCUCAACGACCAGCUGUCCCGGCUCGAGGCAGACAAGGAGCAGAUCGACGACGUCACGCUCGAGCUGGAGCUUGUCGACGAGGACGAGCUGGUGGACUUUCUGAUUGGCGGCGACACGCCGGACGCGAGCGCCGAAAACUCGAGUUCCGUCAUCGGCGACGGCUGCUUCGUGAAGCUCAAGCAGUCGGAGGUGAUGCUCAGACUCGAGGCCCAGGCCGCGGAGAUUGACGAGAGCAUCGGCGCCACCAAGUCGAAGAUUGAGGACCUCAGCAAAACGCUUUCCGCCUUGAAGUCGUCUCUCUACGCCAAGUUCGGCAACGCAAUCAACCUCGAAAGGUGA